AUGAAUAAAUUAUUUCGUUUUGCAAAAGUAAUUGUAAGAUCUAUUUAUAAACCUGCUUAAAGAACACUUUAUAGAAUUCCAUAAAUUAAGUAAGUUCUAAAUGAUGAUCAUAAUUAGAAAUAUCAAUUUAAUACACUGGCAUUUUAGUAAUUAUUUUAUAUAUAUUUCUAGAAACCAUUUGCAGUUGAUUUAAAUAUAAAAUUAAGAACAAAUAAAGUAAAAAUUAUAAGCUGGACUCUCAGAAUUAGGUAAUUAAUUUAUAACUAGUUCUAGCCAAAAUAAAUGCAUAGUUAUUGAAGUAAACUAAUUAUGUAAGGUUUGCUGGAGACUUUAGUCCUUGUGUUAAUCCUGAGUAGUUUGUUCAUGCAUUGUAGUUUUAUAGAUAAGGUGCUUUGGCUUAGUUCUAUAGUAUUGAUGAUUUGGAGACAAUUAACAGUGUUUAUCAAUCAGAUUCUGAAAUUGAGUUUUAGGAUAGCCAAAUUUUAUGA